GUGAGGUGAAAGGUUAGCUUGUUAUGUCGCCACCUAGCCGGAGAGGGGUGUGUUAUCUGCUAUCAGCUAAUCUUUAUAACACUGGUUUUCAUUUCAGGUUAAUAACUGACACUCGGUAAUACACUUAACGUGCACACAGACGCUGUCGCUUAUUUGUUUGACUUAUUCGAUACAUUUUUGCGAGUGCUUUGAGCGCAGACGACGUGCACAUGCUAACGUUAGCUGUGUAGCUACCUAGCUAACCAGCUAUCAUUAGCUAAGGUAGUGACAAGUGUUCUUCCUGAUGACUUGUGGUAUCAAAAGCUGACCUUGUAGGCACAGUCAGCCGCAGGACGGUGUAAAUGUGUUCUGUCAGAGCUAUGGCAUCAACCAGGCUCCUGCGUUUGUUAAACGCGAAAGCAGCAGCCUCGACCAAAACAUUAGCCAGGGCAGGGUGGAGUGUGUGCUUCAGGAGAAAUGUCUGUAGUUCACCUUCAAGACUGCAGAGCUGUAUGUCAGCCUGGGUCAUUGAUCAGUAUGGUACUAAUGAGGUUCUGAAGUACACUGAAGAAAUCCCCAUGCCCAUUGUCAGCUCUCCCAGUGAGGUGAUGAUUAAAGUCCACGCUGCCAGUCUCAACCCUCUUGAUGUGUCUAUGAGGGGUGGUUAUGGAGCUAAACUGCUUAAAUUAAGAAGGGAUCCACUGUCUGUGAUGGGCAGUGACAAUGAUAGUGAGUUUCCUCUGAUCCUUGGUCGUGAUGUGUCUGGUGUGGUGGUGGACUGUGGAUCUGAGGUGACCCAUGUUGUUCCAGGAGAUGAGGUGUGGGCUGCUGUUCCCCCAUGGAAACAAGGCAGCCUGGCAGAAUUUGUGACUCUCACAGAGUAUGAGGUUUCCCAUAAGCCAAAGUUAUUGAGUCACACAGAGGCAGCAUCCAUCCCCUAUGUGGCCAACACUGCUCUGUCUGCGCUCGUCAACGCAGGUGGUCUUUGCAGACACAACUCUUCAAAUAAAAGAGUUUUGAUCACUGGAGGAUCCGGAGGGGUUGGAACAUUCUCCAUUCAGUUAUUGAAGGCCUGGGGAGCCCACGUAACUGUUACCUGCUCUCAGAACGCCGAAGGCCUUGUUAGAGGACUGGGGGCCGACGAGGUGGUGGACUACACAGCGGGAGAUGCGCCCGAGCAGCUAGAAAUGAUGGAGAAGUUUGAUGUGAUUUUAGACAACGUGGGCGGGGAGACGGAGGAGUGGGCGGUAGGCCUGCUGAAGCCCUGGUCUGGAGCGAAGUACGUCACACUGGUAACACCUUUACUCCUCAACACCGAUUCCAUGGGCCUGCUGGAUGGGGCGUUUCACGCUGGACUCACCCUGCAAAGCAAGGCCAUGCAGAACAUUAUAUCAAGUGGAGUCUUCUAUCGGUGGGGGUUUUACACUCCAGAUGGACCUGCCCUGGAUGAGGUCAGCAGGCUGGUGGAUGCAGUGAAGAUUCUGCCAGUAGUGGAGGCCCAGUUUCCAUUUACCCAGGUGCCCCAGGCUUUUCAGAAGUUGGAGCAGGGCCACGCCAGAGGGAAGACAGUCGUCAGGGUGGAUGACGAGGACGACAGACAGGCCGAAGAGCUGGUGCAGAGCAGUCGCACGGAGACCGCAGAGUCCGAGCAAGACGUGCGAGAGACGGCCUAGCAAAACUAAGAGACAGCGGAGGGAAUUCAGCUCCUGUGUUUCUUCUCACCUUUGCAAGGCUGCUCUGACAGCAGAAGACUGUAUAAUUGAACGGGAGCAGAGGUGCUGCCGUUGCGCAGCAGACUACAAGCGUGACCUGAGACUGUAAUGGGAGCGUGCCAAAGACUGUUGUUAAAUCUUACACCUUCCUGUGCUAUCUUGAAGUUUUCACAAGGUGUUUGAGUUAUGCCGCGUUCCUGUCAUGGAGAGGCUGUUAUAAUUACCAGCUGUGGACUAAUAAAUACCAUUCAGGG